UUGCAGCCUGUGCUCCCCGCUACAGGUUGUAUGGUCUUUACCCAACCACAACGUGGCCAAUUCCUUUGGGAUUUUGGGCAAACUUGCCUCUACCCACUGACAUGGAGCCUCAAGUAACAGGCGAUGUUCUCCCCGGUGCUCUGGUGUCACCCGGCAGCUGUCCCUGCUUUCCAGCAGCAGCAGCACAACCUGCAAAUAGUCCACUUUCAGGGGCACAGAGGUGAGGUUCUUGCUGUUAACGGGACCGGCACGCAUGUAGACAGCAGAUUUCUGAGCUUGCCCUUAGACCUGCACGCAGCCAGGAAUAUCCAGAUAUUACCAUGUCUGCCUCCUAGCUCUUUUCCUUCCCCUCCUCUUCCACUUCCCCAGAGAAAUCUGGAAAAGACCCCAAAUGUCUCUUGCCUCAAACACUGCAGGUACGUGGAGGAAUUGGAGGGAGUGAGCAAAUUAUUUCAGUGAGUCGGAGGGUUAGGGUGGUUGUGAGAUGUGGCACUAGCUAACAGUCAGAAGCAGAACGCAAGACCCAGAGGGGAAGUGGGGAAGGAAAGAAAACCUGACACACGUUCACCAGAAGAAUGUGAAAGAGAGCAAGAAACACAAGGAAGGAUUUGCACUGAUGGGUUUCCAGCCCAGGGGAAUAAAACAGAAUGGUAUGAGACACCCAGAUGAAACCAGAAGUGAUGUGAAAGUAGAGGGAAGCAGGAGCCAUCCGCAGCUGCACAAACUGCCCUGAGAGCUGGAGGGAUGGGAAGCCCCCAAGCAUCCCCAGCCCGCGAUGUGAGCAAAAGGAGAUGAGCCACACCGAGUCCCCGGCAGUGCAAUAUCCCUCAUCCUUCUCCAUCCCAGCCAUCUCCCAGGGCAGCUUCACUCGGACAGGCUGUUCUCCAGGGCCUGUCUCCAGCCACGGCACAGUGUCACCAUGAGCAGUCCCUUCCACUGCUGCUGGCCCUGAGCAGUGAAUCCCGGAGGAUUGGUAAGAGCUGGCCAGGAUCUGUACAAUUCUCAGCAUUGCUGCUUCCCUCUUGUGGUGAGGAAACAGCCCGAGAGACAGACGUGGUAUGGACGUGGUACCCGUGGGCAGUGGUAGACAGGUCUCAGCCAAAUCACCAGUGGGAUAAAGCCUGGAUCUCUGCUUGGAAAGUGUGGAAGUCUGCUCCAGCAUUUGGGCUGUGGACCUGAAAAGCAUCUGAAGAAGUGCAGAAGGAAGCAAAAACACUGUCUGCAAGUUCCUGGCUCUGGUUAAUCACAAUGGAUAGUUGCAAGAUACAUGAAAAUGCCUCCAAAUGCAGUGUGAACACCAUGGAGUGCUUCAUGGUCCUCAGCACGCAAGCGCAGAAGAUAAGCAUUGCCACACUGUGUGGCCUCUUUGGGACACUGUGCAUUUUUGAGAACUCUUUGGUGCUGUACUUGAUCUUCUCCUCCCCCAGGACAAGGAGAAAGCCCUCCUACCUCUUUAUCAGCAGCCUGGCCUUGGCUGACAUUCUGGCCAGCAUCAUCUUUGUCUGCAGUUUUGUUAACUUCCAUGUCUUUAAUGAAACCAAUUUCUCUAAAGAAAUGUUCCUGCUGCAGCUGGGAGGGGUGAACACGUCCUUCUCCGCCUCCCUGAGCAGCUUGCUGCUGACAGCCCUGGACCGUUACAUCUCCAUCAGCCGACCAUCCAAAUACAAGCUCCUCAUGACGAGGAAGAGAGCAUGGAUAGCCCUAGGGGUGCUCUGGGUGACAUGUGCGACCAUUGCUUCCCUGCCCCUCUUGGGCUGGAACUGCUGCAUGCUUGACUCAACGUGCUCCAAGCUAUUCCCAUUUGUGGAUGACAACUAUCUGUCGAGCUGGAUCUGCUUCAUCAUGGUUCUGCUGGGGUGUAUCAUCUACGCCUAUGCGCACGUGCUAUGGAGGGCUCACCAGCACGUGGCCUACAUGGAGAAGCACCAAGCGCAGACAGGAAAGCAAAACACCAGGAUGAGGAUGGACGUCAUGCUGGCCAAGACCCUCGUCAUGGUGCUGACUGUCCUCGUGCUGUGCUGGUCUCCGGUCCUCAUCCUCAUGAUCUACAGCAUCUUUGCCAGGCUGAGCAAUCACCUGCGCAAGGUGUUUGCCUUCUGCAGCACCCUCUGCCUGCUCAAUUCCAUGGUGAACCCCAUUAUUUAUGCCCUGCGGAGCAAGGAGCUAUAUUCCUCCCUGAGGAUGGUCUUGUCUCGGUUCAGGAGGCAGCUGAAGGCCUCUGAGGAAAGCCCAGAAGCAGAGAGCACCCGCAAGUCCUCCGUGAUAGAGACGGUCUGCGAGGACACCCGCAUAACGUAGGGAAGCAGCCGUGGAAAGUCGGCGCUCGGCCGGGCAGAAACAGUCUGGAUCACUUUUGUUUUUCUUUUCCAUUCUUAUGGAGGUCCUGGAAGAUGAGGGGUCAGAGGCCUGUCAUGGAGCCAGCUCCUGCUGAUGUUAUUCUUAGACCCUGGGACAUAAAGUGCGCAGACUUACACAGGCAGCUGGUCCCCAAGCUGCAGAGAUACCGGUGCCAUGUCAGUGUGCCAGCCAUGAGGCAGCAGAUAACGCCAUGCCCCAGAACAGCAGAAUCUAGUAUUUUAUGACAACUCCUCCUGCCUGGCCUCCCACCUGUCUACCAGUAACCUCCUAACCCAGUGGUAUCUUCUUUACACUCCAUAAAAUACAGCAAACCUCAAGUGAAACACUCUGCAGACCUUCAGGUUCUUUAGAAAUCCCCAGGUGUCACAUAAUUCUCUAAACCUCUUAACCAGGCACGGACAGAGUUGUACAAGCACCACCAGCAAAGCGAUAACAGCACAUCGCUACGUAGCAGAGGUACAUCUAUUUAUACCAGACUUGAAUGCCGUUCAGGGGUGUUAUGUAUUAGCAGCACGGUGAGAAAAGGGCUUCGGGUCCUGGCAAAGGUGGCAGAGAACAACACCAAGUCGUGACGAGCUCCCACCGAUGGUGAAUGCCUCGCUGCAGGAGCAGGAGCAGGACUGGCAGCAGCAGGAGAUACCUCGGCUCUUGCUGGGAAAGGUGGAGGUGGUUUCUCUGGACUCACUUGCAGACGGUCCUGGCUAAUUGUAUCUCACAGCAUUUAGGACUGUGUUGAUUUUAGCGUCUAACUCUUUAUGGAAAACCGAAAUACUCUCACUGUGGUUUGUGGACUCUGUCAUUGUUGAGGAUUUCGAGGCGGACAGGACCCUGCAGGCAGCAUGUUUCUUUCAGCAAAUUUAAGGAAAGGUAACCUGUGCCACGCAGGCGUUUGUAGGGUGUUGUGUGAUUAAACAUUAA